AUGGAAGACGAAAAAAGGAUAGAAGACGAAAAAAGGAUAGAAGACGAGACUUCAAAAGAAUUACUUCACAAAAUCUUAAAUUCUGUUGAACUUUUAAAAAAGGAGCAAGACGCGCUCUCUGCAAAGGUUGACUCGUACGAAACACAAACCAAUGAUCAAUUUAAAAAGUUACAGGAUCAACUGAAACCGAAUGACAAGAAUGAAAAAUCUAAAGUCAAAGAAAUCCAGCAACCAAAAGUUACUUCUAAAGGAUCUAAAGCAUAUCCCGAUAUAGUAAUUUUAACAACGUAUCCUGAUCAAUUUGGUAUUAAACCUAUACCUCUCGAAUGGGGCGAAAGUGAUCCAAACGUUCGUGGACCAGUCUUAGCAUCCCGUCAUCCUUCAAGUAUUAAAGUUCGUAAUGCAAUUGGCGCAUAUGGUGGUUCCUACUGUGUUUAUCGAGCAUUGGCAGUUGCUAUGGGUGCACUUGAUCCUCAACAUCGUCCUGAUUUUCAAAAUACGGAACCUACAGUCACAAUAGGACCUCAUCCCCAAUGGGGAAUGCCUGACAAAAUUGUUUCACUUGAUCCUUUUGGUCAUCUCACUACUACUUUGUUUGACAGUCAAAUCGCUCAGGGAUUGGACAUUCGUCCUACAAUUGCAAUCACUAAAGCUCACAUGAAAGUAGCUGAAAUUGAAAACCUUGUAAAGGAUGGAAGAUUAAAAGUUGACGGAAAUGUUGUGUUGAAUGAUUCUGGUGAAUUAAAUGUUGUAAAAGCUGCUGUUGAACCUGUUUGGUAUUUACCCGGUGUCGCAUCAAGAUUUGAAAUUGAUGAGGGAACUUUACGUCGUGCACUUUUUGAAGACACAGGUGGCAUGUAUCCAGAAUUGAUAACUCGUCCAGACCUAAAAGUAUUUUUACCUCCAAUUGGUGGGCUAUCUGUAUACAUAUUUGGUAAUCCUGCUUUUAUUAGCGAUCCAUCAAAACGAUUGACGGUGAGAGUACAUGACGAAUGUAAUGGCUCUGACGUUUUUGGAUCUGACAUUUGUACAUGUAGACCAUAUUUGAUAUAUGGUAUGGAAGAAAGCGUUAGAGAAGCUCAGAAUGGUGGUGCCGGCGUUGUUGUUUAUUUCCGUAAAGAAGGUCGUGCCCUUGGUGAGGUAAUCAAAUAUCUUGUAUAUAAUGCACGCAAACGUUCAGCCGGUGGUGAUACAGCAGAUAAUUACUUCUUACGUACUGAAAAUGUUGCUGGUGUUAAAGAUAUGCGAUUUCAAGCUUUGAUGCCGGAUGUUCUGCACUGGCUUGGCAUUACUAAGAUUGACAGAAUGAUGUCAAUGUCUAACAUGAAAUAUGAUGCCAUCGUUGGAUCUGGAAUAUCUAUUUAUGAACGUGUACCAAUUCCAGAUGAAUUGAUACCACAAGAUUCUCGUGUUGAAAUUGACGCUAAAAUCGCAGAAGGAUAUUUUAGCACCAAAAAAGCACCCACAAAGGAAGAGCUUUCACAAGUCAAAGGUCGAGGGUGGGAUGACAUUCAACAUUGA